AUGAGUGAAAACGAAAAGACUUUAGAAGAAUUAAGGUUAAAAAUUCUUUCAUCUAUUGGAAAAUCCAGUGAUACUAAAAGUACUACUACUGUUGUUACCCCCACUACCGUUGCCACAGAUAACAAUCAAAUCAAGAGCAAUAAGCGUAACUUACCACCAUCUCAACUUUCUAGUGACACAUAUAAAUCUUCUACAAAGAAAUACAAACCUGAAUUAAGAAACAGUAAUGUGACAAAACCAUACAUUCCAGACUACCUCCCAACAGUGACGCACAAUUAUACUUCUAAGGAAUUAAAUAGAAUUGAAGGAUCAAACCAACUACAAAAAAGGUAUCAAAAGAAUUUUAAAGCCAAAGACAGAUAUUCCUCGAAUAAUGUACCAUUGAAUGAACAAAGAAAUAGGGUAAGACCAAAUCUAAAUCAAAGGUACAUGGUAGAAAGAAAUAACAGUAACAAGAACAACACCUAUUAUAAUAAUAAUAAUAACAAUAACAUUACUAAUUCACCUAAUAAUAUUGGUAAUAAUAACAGCUACUUUACCCGUCCAAAUAAGAGAGAUCCAAAUUAUGUUCUGCCAGCAUUCAGAGAUAAAUUUAGAUAUAACAACGCCACAUGUUCGAAAUUAAAUUGCAAGAUUGUAAUUAAUGAUCCAUUAGAAGGAAAAUUAGAUCUGUUAAGAGAGUUAAUUGAAAUGUUUUUAGUAAAACAAAAGGAAAAUUUAAAAGAGUUAUACUCUGUGAUUCAAAGAUACGAUAGAAAUAAUCCUAUUGAAGAAGAUAUAACAUCAUUCGAUAUAACUUUAACGGGAUCAAACUGUAUUUUAACAUUUGACUCGUUUCAAAGUUCAACUCUUGUAUUAAGUUGUCGUUCAUUUUUCAACAGACAAUUGGGGUUACCAUCUUUGAUGUGGUCAAGGUUAAACUCAUAUAUUGAAUUUGGUGAUCAUAUUAUAAAACUAUGUAGUGGGAACAUUAUUACUAUCGAGAAUGUCUCAUCACCAGAGAGUUGUACGAAAAAAUAUUUAUCUGAAAAGACAGGCAAUAGUAACUUUGAAGUAUACCCAAUAUAUUCUUCUGUGAAGAUAGAGGGUGAUAGGAUAGAAAAGUUUACAAAUUGUGUUAUAAUAGUUAUUAACACUGAUAUCAAUAACAAUGGAUCAAAUUUAGAUGAUAGAAUGUCACAAAAGUUUGCUGACGUUUUAGAUGCAUGUGAUAUGAAAUGGUUCAAACCAAAUAAGAGUGAGUUUGGAUUAAGACAAAGGACAUCCAAAUGGUUAUAUUCAGAUAUUGUACAGUUGGUACAAAGUAGACCCAAGGUAGUCACCACGCAGCAAGAGAAUAGGGUUUUAUUAUUAUUGAAUUGUGUUGAUCCCAUGGAUCUAAAGGAUAAUGAAUUUGUAGAAGAGAUACACGACACUUUAUUAGGGACACUGGACGGUGCAGAAAAAGUUAAAAUUAUACAACCCGGUGCAGGCUAUAGAUUAAAUUUAUCACAUAUAAGUGAUUAUGUUGGCUGUAUAUUUGUUCAAUUUAAAGAUUCUAAGACUGCUCAAGAGGCUCAGAAAUUAGUCAGUGGUACUGAAUUCAAUGGCAGAACUGUGAUCUGCUCUCAAUUCAAUGAAAGCGAUUUCGAAACAUUACAAUUAUGA